GGCCAAACCGCACUAAUCACAGGUGGCUCAAGAGGGUUGGGGCUUCACAUUGCCAAAAGACUCUCGCAAAACGGUGCAAACAUCAUUCUACUAUCCCGUCAGGGAGACAUCCUAAAACAUAACAUCAAGCAUGAAUUGUCAAUAAUUUCCAACAAUCAACAACAUCACUAUAUCCAAUGUGACUUAUCCCAACUAGAUUCAAUUGGAGAAUGUCUUUCAUCGUCCAAUAUUUUACAAAAACUAAACAUUUUGAUAAACUGUGCAGGUAUUUCACAAAACUCAUUACUAUUUUCCACAUCAUCUUCAUCGAUCCAAUCAAUCAUAGAUACGAACCUAACCUCAUCCAUCAUCCUAUCACAAUUCUUGAUGAAGCCACUCAUGCGGAACUCUCCAUCAAGUAUAAUAAACAUCUCCUCCGUGUUGGGACUCAAGGGGUUUCGGGGAACCAGUGCGUAUUCUGCUUCAAAGGCUGGGUUGGUUGGGUUUACAAGAGCAUUGGCCGUGGAGAUGGGCUCAAAGGGCUUACGAGUGAAUAGUAUAUCUCCUGGAUUGAUUAAAGAGACUGAGAUGGGUCAAGGGUUGAAGUUUGAGAAUGUUUUGAAUAAAGAUGGGGUUAGUAUGGAGAGUGUUUAUCAGACUGUUGAGUAUUUGUUGAGGAAUCAAAGUGUUACUGGACAGAAUUUGGUGGUUGAUAAUGGGAUC